AUGGCUCCAUUCGGUAGCAAGGUUCCGUUGGCCGAGCCCUCGUGGUACCAGAACCUCAACACGCCGUACUACAACGCUAGCCACGUCGCGUGGCGUGCCAAGCUCCGCGACUUUUUCGAGAAGGAGGUUGAGCCGAUCGUCGACGACUGGGAUAAACAGGCGUCCAUGAACAACCACGCCGCGUGCGGCGAGUACGUCAAGCGCAUGUACGCCAAGUCCGCCCAGUACGGCAUCCUGCCCGCGUGCGUGGGCAAGCCGUGGCCGGGUAAGUACACGAGCGCCGCCGAGCCGGAGGGGUACGAUUACUUCCACGAGCUCAUCAACGUCGACGAGGGCACCCGCGCGGGCGGUGGCAUCGCGUGGGCCAUGAUGGGCGGCCUGGGCAUCGGCAUGCCGCCCGUCCUCAACUUUGGCGUCCCCGGCGAUCGAGCUCUGCAGGAUCGCGUCGUGCGCGAGUGCCUCGCGGGCGAGAAGAUAAUCUGUCUCUGCAUCACCGAACCCGGCGCGGGUUCCGACGUCGCCAACCUCGCGUGCACCGCCGAGGACAAGGGCGACCACUUCCUCGUCAACGGCAACAAGAAGUGGAUCACCAACGGCAUCUACGCCGACUACUUCACAGUCGCCGUGCGAACCGGCCCGCCGGGCUCUGCGCACAAGGGCCUCUCCAUGCUGCUCAUCGAGCGGAACUCCUCCCCGGGGAUCACCACCAGCAAGAUGGACUGCAUGGGCGUGUGGCCCAGUGGCACCACCUACAUCGAGUUCGACAACGUCAAGGUGCCCAAGAAGAAUGUCGUCGGCAGGGUCGGCGACGGGUUCAAGCAGAUCAUGUACAACUUCAACCACGAGAGGUGGCUCCUCGCCGCGCAGGCUGCGAGGAUGGCCAGGACCUGCGUCGAGGAGUCCAUCGCGUUCGCGCGAUCCAGGCGCACCUUCGGUAAGUUCCUCAUCGAGCACCAGGCGAUCCAGCACAAGAUCGGCGAGAUGGCGAGGCAGUGCGAGGGCCUCCAGGCGUGGCUCGAGAACGUUACGUUCCAGAUGAACACAAUGUCCAAGGAGGAGCAGAACCGCAAGCUCGGCGGGCACAUCGCGCUUCUAAAGCUUUCGUCCUCGAGAGUCGCCGAAUUUUGCGCUUCCAACGCCAUGCAAGUCCUCGGCGGUGCGGGGUACACCCGCAGCGGCAAGGGCACCAAGGUUGAGCGCAUCUACCGCGAGGUCAAGGCUUACGCCAUCCCGGGCGGAAGCGAGGAGAUCAUGCUGAACCUGGCCGCGGGUCAGUUCGGGUUCGUCACGCGCAGGGCGCCGGAUCCGAGGGACAAGAUCAUCAAGCAGCUGAAAGAUGAGCUCAAGCGCGUCCACUCCAAGAUCUGA